CCAACACAAGAGCAUCACCACAAGGAAAAGGCAUGAGCUUUCAACUAUGAAGGUUGAAAAUCAGUCAGAAGGCAAGAAGAUGGAGCAGCCUAGACUGGAGGCAAAGCAACAAAAUGUGAAGGUGGAAACUGAGAUGGAAGAAGAGAAUGAAGAAAGCGAAGGCCUCAUUGAAUUCUUCAGUUCCUACCAGGACCUUUUCCAAUUUUUUUGCAACAAUACAACCAUCCAUGGUGCCAUCCGGCUGGUUUGUUCUAAGAAGAAUAAGAUGAAGACUGCCUUUUGGGCAGUUCUUUUUUUCCUGGCUUUUGGGCUCUUGUAUUGGCAGUUUGGAAUCAUUUAUAAAGACUAUUUCAGCUUUCCAGUCAACUUGAAUUUGAACCUGAACUCUGAUAGGCUUACCUUUCCUGCUGUCACACUAUGUACUCUCAAUCCAUAUAGGUAUAGUGCUUUUCGGAAAGAGAUGGAAGAAUUGGAUCAAAUGACCCGACAGACUCUUCUGGAGAUGUACAAAUGCAACAUGUCUUUGGAGCAUAAAUCCUCUCAGAAACGCAUCUCUAGGAGCCUAUACAAUCAUAUCCAACGCUACCCAUUGCAUCGACGCAAACGUGAUAUACGAGCCAUGGAGGACAACAACGCUCACGUGGGCAAAAGUGAUUCAAGCAUUGGUUUCACCCUGUGUAAUGAAAACAAGACAGAUUGUUUCCAGCAAAUGUUUUCUUCCGGUGUGGAUGCUAUACGGGAGUGGUACAGUUUUCAUUACAUCAACAUUUUGGCAAAGUUCCCUGACACCAAGGCCCUGGAGGAAUCCAACUUCACAAGCUUCAUCUAUGCCUGCCAAUUCAACGAAGUGUCAUGUAACAAAGCGAACUAUACUCAUUUUCAUCACCCUAUUUAUGGGAACUGCUACACAUUCAACGACAAUAGCAGCACUUUGUGGAUGUCCUCCAUGCCUGGGAUCAACAAUGGCCUUUCUCUGGUCGUCCGCACAGAGCAAAACGACUUUAUCCCACUAUUGUCCACUGUGACAGGAGCUCGAGUAAUGGUCCACAAUCAGAAUGAACCUGCCUUCAUGGAUGAAGGGGGUUUUAAUGUGCGUCCUGGCAUAGAAACAUCCAUCAGUAUGAGAAAGGAAACCACCGAGCGUCUUGGGGGAAGCUACAGUGACUGCACAGAAGAUGGAAGUGAUGUGCCAGUGAAGAAUCUAUUCCCAUCCCAUUACACUGAGCAGGUCUGCAUACGUUCCUGUUUCCAGGCCAGUAUGGUAGAACGAUGUGGCUGUGGCCAUUACUUCUACCCUUUACCCAGUGGGGCAGAGUAUUGUGACUCCGCUAAGCAUAUAGCCUGGGGUUACUGCUAUUAUAAACUCCAAGCUGAAUUUAAAGCAAACCACCUGGGCUGCUUCACUAAAUGCCGGAAACCUUGCAAAGUGACAGGGUACCAGCUGUCAGCAGGAUAUUCACGAUGGCCUUCAUCUGUCUCUGAGUCCUGGGUGUUUCACAUGCUGAACCAGCAGAAUAAAAACAAUGUCAUAUCUAAGAGGGAUGGAAUUGCCAAAGUGAAUAUUUUUUUCAACGAGUGGAAUUAUAAAAGGAACGGAGAAUCUCCAGCUUUCACGGUGGUGACAUUGCUUUCCCAGCUAGGGAACCAGUGGAGUCUUUGGUUUGGUUCAUCAGUCCUUUCUGUGGUGGAACUGGCUGAGUUGAUUUUGGAUUUUUUAAUCCUCACAAGCAUCCUGGUUUUCCGCCGGCUGUACUUAUAUCAAUCUUCAGACCUUUAUGCACUAAGCAACUCAAAUAACAAUGUACCUUCGGCUCACAAAACUCCACAGGAAAUACCUGCCGAGAUUGGGAUUGCUGCACUGCCAUCUUAUAACACCUUAGAAACAUUAAACUUACACAGAGUUUCCUUCAGGAGAACAGAAUAAAAUCCAGACCAGGAUGCUUUGGAUAUGACAUCAUUAUGCACUUUAAUUAAUGUUGACGUAUAGACUCAGCACUUGGAACUAACGUUAGCUGGAUUCUCACAUCCAGAGAAGACAGGCCUGAAUUUCAUCUAAAAGAAUUCUGACGAUACAGAUCCAAUGACAUGAAAGCACCUUUCUUUCUCACUUUGUCCUUGGUGUGUGCAAUUUCUCAAGUCUGUAUUUGUCCACCACCAAACAAAAUUAAAAAGAUGGAUGCUGGGUAUUCUUUUCCCCGUAUAUUUUGAGAAAUAACUUUCUACAAAUUGAUCUUGCUUCCCGUUUCUUUGGGGGGGGGGGCAUUUGCUGAUCAAAUUAAAGUCAAGUGGACAAAGACAUCUAACCCUUUUCUUGUAGAUUAAAAACAAACCCAAGCUUUUUGGUAUUUAUCCCAUCCAUUGAGAUAGCUAUAACUCUUUCCUGAUUGCAGCCAAGUGUCAGUAUGAAGACAUGCACUGGAAACUGAAAAAAGCUCAACAGGAUAUGAAAUCUUCAUAGGAUUAGAACAAUCCUAAUACAUAUACAUGGAUAAACUUCUAUACUUUGAAAAAUAAAAGAUCUCUAAUUCUGGGUCCAUGAAUUACCAAGGUACACUUCAAUCAAUGCUUCUUUAAGCAGGCUAUAACAAGGAUUUCCAUCCACUUCUCUUCCUUUGAGCAGAUCCAAGCUUUGAAGACUGUAUACUUUAUUAUGCAUUUAAUAUCGAUGUUAAGUCUUGCUCCGCUACUCAGAGACUUAAUAUUCAGCUUCUGUAUUGUGUAUCUCCCUGUGAAUGACUUCAGUUAAACUAGGACCUAAGCUCUUUCUCACUUCCUUUGUUCUCCUGAGACCAAAUGCUACAAAAACAGUAUAUUCUUAGUCUUGGGUUCAUUCUGGAUGUGGGUGGAAAGGCUUUAUAUUGUCACUUUCCCAUUCAACAAAUAUAAUACCCCUCCACAAGCAAAACAUGGCUAUGUGAACAUCAGCAUCCUUUUCUCCCUUUCAAUAAUAUUGUAUAAAAAAAUCAAAGAUGGGACUAGAAGGCCAGACUUUCUAAUUUAUAUCUUUAGAAAGUACUGUUGUUUUAAUACAGGUAACUCGUCAGUAUGCCAGAGGUUCUGCAGAAAUCCACUUACCUACAUAGGAUGAUAACUGUAUGUUACACAAAGAAAAAAUUAAUUUAUGAGGAUUCCACUAGUGUUCCAUCAAUCUAGGCUCACCUUCCAUAUUUCAUCUCAUCAACAAAAAAAGGAAAGGCAUGGAUCUUCAGCCCUUCUAAUUUAAGAAUUUUACCGAAUUAGAACUUUAACUCUUCUCUCUACAAAGUAUUUGCUAUUUGCAUAUUGCAGCCUGUAAAAAUGGAAAGUAUUUUCAGCAGUGAAGAUUUUCAUAUUGGUGAUGAAGCAAGAAUCUCAUCAACAUCAGUGCUUUGCUCCCAGUGCUUCCCUCUGGAUUCUCAAAGAUGUCCUUGUUCCUCGACUGCAUAUGGACAGCCUAAACUACUUCUCCCUUCCCCAAAGUGGACACUCUCUGAAUGUUUACUAAUAUAUCAGAUUAACCAGAUAAAAUGAUUGUAGCUAUCAUAUAUAAGGGUCCUCUUUUGGCUUUUUUUUUUUUUUACAAAAAAAAAGAGUUUUGGUUUUGUUCUGUAUUUUUAGCAUUAGGGAAAUCAAAUUUAAAAUGUGUUUUCUGAAAAUGAAAGAGGAAAAAAAUCCUAUGAUUUUGAUUGGGAAGUAUAACUAUGACCGAAACCCAGAGUACCAGUGCCAUCGUACAAUCAUUCAGGUUUCAUUUAAGAUACCUUUGUUCUGUGGCCUUCUGGAGAUGUCUUUUAAAAAGAGUAUUAUUUGUUCUUGCUUUUUGGAAUCCUCUCCAUAUCUAUAAGUUAAAUCCGUGGUUCUCACUCGGUGGUCCAUGGACCUCUGGGGGCUGUGAUGUUGUCACAGCUUGAAGAAAUGUUAUGAUUUAAAUCUUGAGUUAAGUCUUGGUGCUCCGUGACCACAAAAAGGAUUUAAAGGAGGUCCAUGGUGAAGAAAAGGUUGAGAACCACCAAGUUAAAUGUUUGAGCAAUGAUAUGUCUCUUAGCACUUUUGCAUAUAUUGUACACAUGUACACAUACAUGGUCAGCGAGUUAUAGCUUCCCAUUCCAUGCGCUACAGUUGGGAAUGAAGAUGAAUUGUUUAAUGUACAAUAGGACUGUUAAUUUUUUCCAAUACAUAUGUAUCAAAUCCAAUACUCUCUGCAUUUAAAUCAGCACAUGAUGGAGUGUAGAGAAAAUGUAUCUGGAAUGCAGCAGAUGAAGUAACAUAAUGGGACUUCAGGCAGUGACUGGAGGUAGAUACCCUAUAAGUACACUAGAACCAUCCUAAUCCCGUGUGCCAUAUUAACAGUGCAAGACAGACAAGUAUUGCUCUAAUUUCAGUAUGCUGUGUCUAUAUACUUGUCUUAAUAGCAGCUGAGCAGGAUCUUAAUGCACCAUUUCCAUAUCAUCUACACAAAACAAAAGCAGUGCCAUCUGAGAACUAUGUUUCUUUUGGUUUUAUACUCUGACUUGAACAGAAAUAAUAGAAAAGUAGACUGUGAAUAUGAGAGUACAAAUUCUGCUACUUCUAAUUUCUCUUGUAUGCAUAAACUGGGCACAAGUUGUUGUCAAACAGCACAAGACCUAUCUUGACAACAUUGUGCUGUGCCUUUCAUCACUACUUUCUCAUGCAGGGCCAGCAAGUUCAUGAAUCCCUUUUACAGAUGCAAGAUGAUCAUCAUACAACUCUUUUGCAUAGCAGCUUCAUAUUUAAACAGAAGGAUCCAGAUAAAUUCUCAUACGCUCUCGACCACUGUAUCCAAGAGAUUAGUUGUAUACCGUUUAUUUCCACACUAAUUAGGAAUAUUACACUGUUAGCAUUUUGUACUCUUUGACAUUUGUUUAUUCUGCUUGUAACAGCUAUUUUGCUAAAUUGGUUUAGGCAAAAGAAAUAGAAAAUGCAAUAUGCCAGUAUAAUGGGGGAUAAACGGGAGAGGCAGAUUAGGGGGGGAAAGGGGGGGUAUUUUAAAGCCCUAGUCAAAGGCUGCCUUCGCUCAGGAUUCUUCCAAAGAUCUUGCCUUCCACUCCUGUUAAUUGCAGCCAAUUCUGUAAAAAUUCUACAAGGCCAUUUCAAGUCCAAGUUAAGAACGAAUGCUGCUCAUCUACUCGAUGUUCAGUGCAACAUCCUGUUGUGCAAUUGUACAUAUGAACUACUGAGCCAUAAUGCAGCCUGUUUUAUGCAGCAAUGAACAAGAAUCCACAGGGCUGAAGAUCAAGUUUGCCAGAUCUCCUGCAUCUAUCUAUCAAGAUGCUAUGUUGGCCACUUGUGAUCUAUCUCACAUCGGAUUACACAUAUUCAGAAAAUACUGAUUUAGUACUCUUAUUUCAGUCUACGUUCUUCUGCUUUACUACCUGCCAGUAGAAUCCUGUUUCCUUCAGGACUCAGACAGAUGAACCCCACUCAUUUUAGUGGGUAAAGAAGUAUUUGUUAGCGGAGGUUGUUAACAUGAGCUGGUAGUUACACAUGCCAGGAGAACAUUAUGGCUGCAUUCCUCACAAGAACAAACCACACGUGUGAGAAAGCGGCUGAAGUCCUGUGCAUAGAGAAAGUAGUCCCUUGGUUUAGGCAAAGAGGGCCUAGGGAAAUGGGGGUAUUGUUUGCCCAUGCAUAAAGAUGGAGAAAUGGAGAGAUAGAAAGGGAAGAGGCGUAACAUACAACAUCUAUGAAAACAGACAAGAAAAGCAGAAGAAAGCAGCCUAAGUGGCCUUCUCUCAAAACAAUACGGCAGCAGAUUAAACCAAGAUCUUGUCCAGAAGAAAUCAAGAAGGGGCUGUACACCUUACUGUGUUUCCUCUCAUACUGACAGCAGCAUCACACCUUGUGCCCCGGCUCCUCUUCAGGUGUUGCACUUCCAUCAAUACAGUCCCACCGAAAUAGGAAGAGAAUUGUCCAAAGAAGAUGGGAACUCCAUUCCUGUUCUCCUCCAUCAUUCCUCCCCAAAGGGGAAAAAAGAUGGGGAUACGCAAACAGAUGGAUUCUGCAAAUGAAAUGCUGGUUCAUGGCAGUGAACAUGCAAAAAAUCAGCACCUCUGCAGCAUGCUAUGGUGAGAGUAGGGUUACUCCUAGCACAGCCAGAACAAAUGUUUAGGAGCCAGAUAAAACUGGUCUGAGGUUAAAAUAAAUUAAUCCCAGUGGCCACCAGUUGAUAAGUCCUGUCAGAGCAUUACAGCAUCUGAGACCCUGCAACAAUGUCCUCUGGUCAACCACUGACACUACAACAA